GUCCCGGCGGCGGGGCAGGUCGGUCGGUGCGGAGCCGGAGCCGGAGCCGGAGCCGGAGCCGGAGCCGGAGCCUCCCGCCGCCCGGCCUGCUGUUGACAAGCGGCGGCGGGAGGUAACGCGGCGACGAUCGUCCCCAUGUGGCGAACGCUGGCCCUCGCCUCCGCCUUCUUCCCGGGGCUCUUCGCCCUCUGCAUCCGGUUGCUGCGCUGGGCCGCCCCGGGAUGGAGCCUCAAGGACCGCAUCCUCCUCAGCGGCAGGUUGGUGUCAACGGUCCAAGCCACGAUGGCAACGGUGUCGGGGAUCACGGUUGUCCUUAACUGCAAGGACGUGGUGUACGACAGGCACUGGCUGGCCGUAGAGUACGUCUGGGUCCUCGUUCCCUACAUGACCUAUGACAUUUACGUCAUGUACCUCUGCCACUGGCACAAAAGCCGGGACAGGGGAAUCGCGGAGAAGAAGCAUUCGCUGGCCAGCGUGCGGAGCUUCCUCCUGCAGGAGCGGCUGAUGGUGACUCACCACCUCUUCAUCCUCAUCGUGCUCACCCCCAUCACCCAGCACUUCAGGGGAGAGCUGGGGGACUUCUUCGUGGGCUGCAUCUUCAUAGCAGAGCUGAGCACGCCUUUCGUAUCGCUGGGCAAAAUCCUCAUGCAGCUGGAAAUGCAGGACACGCUCCUGCACAAGGUGAACGGGAUCAUCAUCCUGGUGACCUUCUUCCUCUGCCGUAUUCUCCUCUUCCCCUUCAUGUACGCGGCCUACGCCAGGCAGGUGGGAAUCCCCAUUUACAUGGUGCCUUUCCGCAUCCCCCUGCACUGCAACAUAGCCAACGCCUCCCUCAUCGCCCCCCAGCUCUACUGGUUCAGGCUCAUCUGCCGCAAAGCCGCCCGACUCUACGGCAGCUCACCCGCUGACAAAAGCAGAUAACGGCCGGCAGCCCAGCGCGGGGGCUGGAAAAGGGUCAGCCCCCCCCCGCCAGCUCUUUCGCCUUCGCUGCCAGCACCGUGGGGACCAGCGCGGGAGCAGAGCGGCGGAAGCAGCGAUGCCAUCGGGCUUUUUUAGCUGGAAGCAGCCUCUCCGUCUCCACCGCUGUGCCAGGCAGCACCAGCCUGGGCUAGGAAGGCUUUCUUCCCGCACCGCUCCAGUGCCUUGUGUCCUCCCACCCGUGGGAGCUGGGAUAGGAGCCAGCCCAUAAGUACGACAUUCCUUCUGGGAUUCAAUACUGGCACUGAACUAACGGUUACAAGAGAGGGGUUUGUUACAAGGGCUGAUGCCAGACAACCAGCACUGAGCUUGGCAAGGCACGAAGGAGCUUGCGGCCCCGGAGGCAGCAGCGGAGGUGAUGCUGGAACGUGCCCAGCCCCACGCAGCAGCA